AUGUCACAAGAUAACCUUACUCAAGCUACCUCGGAUAAAAACACUUGUGACUCUCCUCACUCACAAAAAUCAAAAGAUUUUAUUAUGAGUAAACUUUACUUCACUUCCCAAGAUAAUACUUCGACUUUGCUGGAUCCAAAGCUAGAGGUUAUAGACUCGAACACUCCUAUGUUCUUUAUAAAUUCACCUACACCUCCAAGAGAUAAUCAACUCCCGGCAUCCCAACCUGAAUCAAAUGGUUCGCACGUUCACCAUUUUAACUCGAUUCCAUUAAGUGACUUGCACCAACCAACAAUGAAUAAUUUUAUAUCUCCAAAUUUAUCUUCGAACUUUGUUCAAAAUGGUUAUUUAGAGUUCAUCAACGGAACUGAUAACAAUAUGGAGACAAAUGUUACUCCAAAUCAAGUAGAUCAACAAAUACAGGACAUAAAUGAUAAAGGCAAUUUGCAAAUUCGUGUUCUCGGUGUUCCGCAAACUGGUGCAAAAUCUCGGGUAGAAACACAAAUCAAAUUGUGUCUACAACUUGUUACAGAUAAAGGAGAAAAAGUUCCAUUAUGGUCACAUUUACGUUUACCAGAAUAUAUGGUGGCCAAAGAAAAAUUAAAAACAAAAAAUUCAAGGCAUUCACCCGAUAGUGCUAUGAAUAUUUCGGACAAAGGGGUACUAAAUUUAGAAGCUACUGUAGUUUGCGCUAGUGAGAUACCAAAGAAAGUUCUCACAUGUUUGGGAUGUGUGCAAAGAGAGCGAAAAAGAUCUCAACGCAAGAAAGAAAAUAAGCAUUCAAAGACCAAUCAGAAUACCACUUCGCCCAACAAUGAUGCCAAUAAGCAUAUGGAGUUAGACGACGAAAAAACGAUGCAGUUAGAACAACGCAAAAUAUUAUUGUUCAAUUGUAGCGAAAUUGUUGACUUUAGUAGUGGUGAUACUAUUUUGCCAACACGAAUCACCUGUUAUUGCCGUCAUCAUAAUGAAAAAGUUGGAUUUUGCAUAUAUUUCGUUAUGAAAGACUAUACAAAUGCAGUUAUAGCAACUGGAAUGUCACCACCUAUAAUGAUAACCGAUGAUCACAAAUCUUCAAAAACGAAAGUCGGGGUUGGACGAAAGCGUGCGAGAUCGGAAUAUGAUCGUCGUGCCCCUGCUAUACCUAAUAAUUCUAAUACUAAUUCCGAAAAUAAACUCAAUAAUGGUCAUAAUAGUCGCAACAUGCACUCUACAACACCUCCCAAUAACGAAGCAUCAUUACCAACUAUAUCGCCCAAUUCUAAUGUUGAUUCAUCAUCUAGAACACCAUCACCUCCUAUUACUAUAGUGCCCACUCAAAAUUCUAAUAUGUCAUUGCAACAUCCAAUAAUCAAGCAAGAAGAUAAUAAGAAUGGAAAUCAACGGUUGCAAUUACAAUCAACCAUGGUAUUUCAAGCAUCACCUUCCCCUACUUCUCCCAUAUCCCCUGUCUCACCCACCACACCACUUCUACCGUUUCAGCAGCAAGUGGAUCAAAAUCCUAAUAUUACUUCUACUAAUCAACAAGUUGCUUAUCCCAUAACAUCUAACAAUGUCUCUCCCAAUGUUGUUGUAAAUUUAUCUAUGGCACAAACCACCAACAAUAUGAACACUAUUUAUCAACAACAACAACUUCAUCAAAACGUUGGUAAUGUGAAUCGAUUCAACGUCUCGACUGCCCAUACUUCCUCUUCUCACCAAGUUGGUGGAGGUCCCAUGAGAAUGCAUGCAAAUUAUCAAAACAACAAUAUGUUAAGGAGAACAUUUUAUAAUACUACUGGGAAUGCGACAAAUAUUUAUCAAAAUAAUUCAAUUAACGGGUUUCCAAUACCAAGGAUAAGCCGGCUGAUUCCUUCUGAGGGACCUACAUAUGGUGGUGUAGAAGUAACUGUUUUAGGAAACAAUUUUUUUGAUGGACUUACAUGUGUAUUUGGGGAGACACCUGUCAUUCCAACUCAAUUUUGGUCCCCAAACGCCUUGGUCUGUAUUUUGCCUCCUUGCCCUACUCCUGGUCCUGUUGUUGUUAGUUUUAAAGAAUAUCCAAUAAAUUUGUUGGAAAAUUCCGAACAUGAAGUUGCUAUCUUUACCUACACAGAUGAUUCUGAUCGAGUAUUAAUGGAAUUGGCUCUUCAAGUUGUUGGUAUGAAAAUGACAGGAAAAGUCGAAGAUGCACGAAACAUUGCUAUGCGAAUCGUGGGAGGCAAUGACAGUUCCUCAAAUUCUUCUGUCAAUAAUGCAAAUGGAAAUAUGAAUACCAUGCAAAAUCAUUUUUCUUCAUAUGUACGACAAGUUUCAAUGUCUCAAAAUUUCGAAGAACAUAUUAUAACAACACUUAGUUUAAUGGAUGUUAUAGAAACAGAAUAUGAUAGUAUAUCUCUUAGAAAUCGACAAAACCAUACUUUAUUACAUUUAUCUGCUAUGUUGGGUUAUAAAAGGUUAUGCGAAAUUAUUAUUGAGAGAAACAUUGAUGUUGACGCACAGGAUAAAUAUGGUUUUACUGCCCUUCAUUAUGCUGCUUGGACAGGACAUGAAGAAAUUGUUAGAAUUCUCUUGAAUGUUGGUUGCGUUGAUAUUCCAAAUUUGAAUGAUCAAUAUGCUUCGGAUUUGGCCAUAUCGAGAAAUUUUAAUGAAAUUUCUGCUUUGAUUGGCGAUCCUCGAUUACAUGACUCUGGUGUUUCCUUGUCUCCAACAUCCGAAGAAUCUUCAUUUGUUAGUACAGAUGAUGAUAAUUUUAGUGAUGAAGAUUUUAACAUAGAAGGUGAUCAAGAACAAAGAUCAUUAUUCGAUACACAAGAUCCCAUUAACAAAGAAACAUCUGAUUUGGUUGGAACCGAAGAGAAUGUUAACGCACCCAGUAUUUCGUGGGUAGAUUCAGAAACUGUCCGAGAUCUGUUACAAAAUAAAGUAAAUAAAGAGGAUGGAAUUAUUGACGCGGAGGUAGUUGAAGAUGAAAAGAAACCAUCCAAACAACCUUUAUCUGAAAUUGCUACAGAUCUCGCCACAGCAUCUACUAUUUGGCUUCAGAAAACAUUUGCACAUAUGUAUAUGCCAAAUAUUAGCAAGCCACCAAUUCCUCUUCCUAAUAUUAAGAUGCCAAAUCUUCAAAACUUUUCAUCACCUAAAUUUUCCACUAUGACUUUUGGUACCAAUUUAUCUAUUCCACGUCCUUCUAUGCCAUCCAUGCCAUCCUUAUCAAACAUUGAAUUCCCUACAUUACCCACAGUUACUUUCCCUACUAUGAUAAUGCCCGUAGUGUUAUCAAAUUUUGUAAAAGAUGAAAAGAAUGAAUCUUGGGGAGAACAUAUGACAAAUAUGGUACCAAGUUCAUGGGAUAACUGUAAAAAGAUGUUUCUUGGACAAGGAGGACAACCACCUCAACAACCUCCUCAACCUCAACAACAAGGUGGUGAAUCUUCUAAAGAGGUUGGACAAGAUCCAUCAACAUUUUCUCGAUUUGGUUAUACAUGGCCAUUUUAUGCAUCACAACCAGUUGUUCCAAUGUAUCAUCAUCAACCUGAAAUUACUCGGGCACCUUCACCCUCAGUAAAUAUUUCGCGGGCUAGUCGUAGAGUUGGAUAUGAUCUUCCAGAGUUAAGUGAAGAUCAAAAAGCAAGAUUGGAAAUUCAUGAUGAAAAAUUUAAACAAUUAAAGAAGGAUAGAAUGUUAUAUUUAUUCUGGCCGAAACAAAUCGUGGAUAUUAAAUACUUCCUCGAGAUUGCCCGUAGAAAGGAUGCUAAAUCCGUUCGUAUUAAGAAGAAUGGCACUUCAAAAGUAAAAUUUAAGCUUCGAUGUUCAAAGUAUUUAUAUACAUUCGUUAUUGAAGAUGCCGAAAAAGCCGAGAAACUUCAAAAAUCUCUUCCACCUGUGAUAUUAUCAUUUUUAGGAGAUGAAUUAUAUAAAUUUGAUAAAUUUACAAAUAAUGGAUCAAAUAUUAUGGAAAAUUCUGAAAAUUUUCAAUGGUCAAAAGUUUGCGACGCGCACAAUCAUGUUCACGUUGACCGAGAAAACCUUUCCAAGAUAGGUGAAUUGAAAACCUCAAGAAUUUGUUUGAUGGGAACUCGUUUUGAGGAUUGGGAUAUUGUAUCUAAAGUAUCAAUCGAUUUUCCUGAUAAAGUUGUUCCGUGUUUUGGUUAUCAUCCAUGGUUUGCUCAUUCAGUAGAAUUACUCGAAGAUUAUUCAUUAAAUCUCCGUGAUCAUUAUUUAUCAAUUUUGGUUGAACCAAAAUCUAUUACUAAUAAAUCAACUACUAUCAAUCAAAAUAAUAAUUCUUCUUCAUCAUCAAAUCAUCAAGGAAAUGAAAAUGAUUUAAGCACAUUAAUCACAUUUUUAUCACCUCCAAUUCCAUUUAAUACUUGGUAUUCCAAACUUGAAUCAUUAUUAAAAUUACAUCCUCAAGCUCUUAUAGGAGAAAUUGGAAUAGAUAAAAUAUCAAAAUUAAAACAUCCCAAAACAAAAGUAAUUACCAAAAUUCAAACAUCAAUGGAACAUCAAAUGAAAUUAAUGGAAUUACAAUUAGAUUUAGCAGCCAAAUAUAAUCGACCAGUAAGAUCAGUUGAUACGAUUAAAGCAUUAAGCUCGAAUCAACCUAAAAAGAAAAAGAAACUUCCAACACAAAUUUAUUUUUCUUUUAGUAUAGUUAUUAAUGAAAGAUAUAAUCGAUUACCGGAAUUAAUUAAAGCGGUUCCGGAAGAUAGAUUAUUGAUUGAAUCCGAUUUUCAUUCACCAGAUGGAACGGAUGAUUUAAUGAAAAGGAUUAUUAAGUUGGUUAGUGAGAUUAAAAAUUGGUCACCCACAUUUACUGUUGAAAAGACGAGAGAAAAUUUUUUAAGAUUUAUUGAUGAGACGUGA